CGGUAAUCGCAUGAAGACUAGGGUUGAGUUAGGUAGAGUAUUGGAAAGGUAGAGGGAAAACUCUCGUUAUUUGAUUGCACUGUGCUGAUUAUAUUUGUUCUGGUGAUUUCAGCAUGGCUGAUAUUGAUGAGUUUGUUAGUUCACCUUCUCAUGAACUUUUGAACGGGUGUACUAAAGAGCAAUUAUUGAGUAUUGCUGAACAUUAUGAAAUUGUGAUAAAAGAUAAAAGGCUCAAAGAAAAUGUUAAGACAGCUUUGAAAAUUGAGUUAAUUAAACAAGGUAUCUUAGAUAUCGAGAUGGAGGAAAAAGAUGUACCGAUUGCACCUGACUUAAAAAGUAAUUUGUCUUUUGAACAGCAAAAAGAGCUGCUACUUCUACAGAUGGACCAUGAGAACAUAAAACUGCGUGCUGAACAAGGUAAAAGGGAAUUAGAAAAGGCAAAGUUGGAUUUGGAAUUUCUCAAGCUCAACCUAGUGAAAGAAGAGGGGCGUGUAUCCCUGGUUGGAGAGAAAGAGGAAAUCCCUGUUAAAAUCUUGCGGGAUACUGGCGCAAUGGAUUCAUUUAUUUUGGAAUCAGUAUUGCCUUUUUCCUCACAGUCUCAUACUGGUGAGAGUGUGUUAAUUCGUGGAAUAGGACUGAAUACUCUGUCUGUGCCUCUUCAUAAGGUAAGGCUUCAGUCUGAUUUGAUUCAAGGUGAGGUUGUAAUGGGAGUACGACCAGCUUUGCCAGUGGAGGGAGUCCAUAUAAUUCUGGGGAAUGGACUGGUAGGUGAAAGAGUGUGGGCUGAUACUUCAGUGUUUCCCAUAGUGAUCACUGAUAAGAAAGUUGAAUCUGAACUGAGUUCUUUGUGUCAGGAUUCAGCGUGUGUCGUCACUCGUGCAAUGAAAGGUGCCAAUAGGGAUGUAGUAUGUGGUCAAAAAGAGGUUAAAUCUGAUAAAGUCGGCAUGAAGUUGUUUAUGCCUGAUUUGUCUGCUUUGUCUUUUCCUGUUUCUGCAGAGGAAUUAGGGAAGGAACAGCGGAAUGACUCCUCUUUGGAUGAACUCUUCCGGAGUGCAGUGCCUCCAGUAGAGGAGUGUAACGUUUCCCGUGGAUAUUUUGUUCAAGAUGGAGUGUUGUUGGGAAAAUGGAGUCCUCACAAAAAUUUUGUGGGAGAUCCUGUCUUUCAGGUGUUAAAACAGCUGCACAUUAAGCAUAAUCAAUCGACGGCGUAUCAUGCACAAAGUCAGGGUGCAUUGGAGAGAUUCCACCAGUCGUUAAAGUCACUUCUCCGUGCGUACUGUGUGCAACUGGAUAGAGAUUGGGAGGAGGGUUUGCCGUGGAUGAUGUUGGCUGCCCGUGAAGUAGUGCAGGAAAGCUUUGCAUCUGCUCCAUCCUCCAAAGCGUGCCUGCAGAAAUGA